CCAAAGACGCUUCCCUGCCCGGUGCCCAUUUCUCUUCUCUUUCUCUCUCCCUCUUCCCUUAAACCCUAGAUUUGUAAAACCCAACCUUUUAUCAACAAUUUAAGAAUCGAGUGAGUUUACUUCUGGGAAUAUGGAUGUACAACAAGGUCAUGGGAACCCUCUGAUGUCAUUGAAUUCUGGUGGGGGUGCCAGUGAUUUCUCUUAUGACUAUGUAAAUGAUUCAAACCCACACUUUCCUAUGGCAGCUGGAAGGAGUGAGAACCAGCUUAGUCCCCAGUCAUUAUCUCAGUGGAUUGAUUGUCCCAAAACACCUCACAGUUAUGUUGAAUUUCUAACAGAAAAUCUUGAAAAGGUUCCUACUUCAGAUGUCUUAGAGCGCAUUGGUUCUCCAGUUGGUGGUGUCCAUGCCCUUGAUGGGAUCUCCGAAAUUCAAAGAGAAUUGCUGCAUAACAAUGCAGGAAAGGCUUUCAGCUCUCGACUUGACGACUAUUCCCUAGAGUCAGAGCAUGGGAAGUUAAAGCUAUCUGCCUACGCUACCAACAGCAACAAUUGUGAAGCUUCAGCAAGCGAAAGAUUUUUGAGGCCACAUGAUAGACUAUCUGUGAGCAGAUUUUCAAGCUCAGAAUAUGAGUCCCAUGCACAGCAAACUCGUACUUUCUGGAUGCAAGAACCAAAUGAAGACAAUUGUAAUGUUUUUCAACUUCAACCAAAAGAAACCAUUUCUGCAUUUAGUUUCCUGUCCCAACCACAUUGCAGUGUACCCAAAUUGAGAGCUUCUGGAAGUGAUCGUCAACGCAGGCUACGAAUUGCUGAAAGUAUCAGAGCAUUGCAGGAACUGCUUCCAAAUCCUGCAGAGCGCGGUCAAGCAACUGCACUGGAUGAUAUUAUUGACCAUGUCAAGUUUCUGCAGUUGCAAAUGAAGGAAUUAAGUCGAAGCAGGUUGGGAGGCGAACCAACGUCUAAUCCUUUCGUUUUUCUUGAGGGAUAUGGUCACUAUGCUCUCCAUGAACAGAUGAUGAACGAACCUCUUGAAGAGAUGAUGGGGAAGUUACUAGAGAUAAAUCCGCCAGCAGCAACUCAGCUGUUAGAGAGCAGAGGCCUUUUCAUGAUGCCCAGAGCACUGGUUGAUGGCUUGCACAGAGUCACGUAGAUAGUCCAUACUCCACUGCCCUACACGCUUACUAUAGUUGUUACUUUUCCAUUACUUUAACGGUGAAAUAUACAGGGUAACUGCGCCAACUAAAGACUAUCAUCCAAGUGAAAAUA